AAUAAAGGUCGGUGGUAUAAAUUAUGUCUAUAAAAUGUCAUAAAUUCAAGAUUGCAUGUACUUCGACAUAGGCUGGUACAUUAAACGCAAAUGUUGCGAAUCUAGUGGGAGAAACAUCUGAUAAAAUUCAGGAUGCUGGUAUUCUAUUGUGCUAUGUAUUUCAUUGGUUUCUUCCUAUUCGUCGAGAAAUGAAUCUGAUUCACCACAUGCGACCACAAUUUUCAUUGCCAAGCCACAUUAUGAAAGAACUUCACCUUCGUGGUUACUUGCUUCAGAAUUUAAUGGAAUGCAUUCAAACUGUUUUGAUUUCCAAGUUUUCGAGUACAUUUAUUGCUCGCCUAUUUGGGUGAUCUUGCUAUUACUGAUAUUAACAACAUCUAAUGAGGCUUAUUCAUCACAGCAGUUUCAUCAAACCGUGAUCUACUCGUCGAUAAGUUGAGACGCUGUCGCGAGGAAAAGAUUCAUUGGGACUAUAAAGAGAAGUUCAUUCUCACUGUUUGAUUAGCCCAAACACAGGCGGCACUUUAAAUGGGAAAGGCUAUGCCCAGUCCAUUAGAUGCAAAGGGGCAUUGUCUAAAAUAAAGAACUUCUUGGUAAUUGGUCGUUCAUUGUCUGGAAAAAUCAAUUAAGAACCAACAAGCCGAGCCUGCGCCCCAAAAGCGACUGGCAAGUAUGAUGGAAGUUUUAAUCAUUCUGGUGCUGGGACAUUUGGCCCAAAUUGAAUCUGCGCCUUAUGGAUCUGCCAAAGCAAAUGCAGUCAUAGAUUUGGCAUCACUGACGGAAUGCGAGAAGAACAUGCAGCUGAAAUGCAUAAGUGUCUUUGGCACUGCGUCACUGCUCCGUGGUUCAGGUGGUUCACCUUGCCAUGUCACAAAGCUAGUUGACUGUAUGAGCAAGGAGAAAGUCAAAAAGGAGUGCGUCGUUGAUGACAGGGGCACCGUGUAUUAUAUAGAUGCAUUUCUACGGAAUGUCGACAAGACCAAGUGUAUGGAUGACUUUGAUUUUGCAGAGGUGCAGCAUUUGUUUCAAACAUCAAGCAUUAAGAACAUACAUGAGUACAGCAACGCCCAUCGAACAUUCUCUUCUGGAGAGCACAUCUCAUCUGUAGAUCAUCAAGAUGACAACGAGGUUGGAGAUGAUGAAGACUACAACAGUGACUCUGGAAGUGGCUCAGCCUAAUGCAGAAGACACCGCAGAGUCAUCGCCUGUUUGGGAAUCUCUUUAGCUUUCUGACCACGCUCGAGACCCCGCUCUUAUCUUCUCUGAAUUCUUUACAGCUUUGCUGCCUGGCUAUAUUCCUAGCUAGCCCUUUCAUUUGCUGAGCGAUGUCAAAGAUAGAAAGCGGACUUGAUUCAGUUGUCUUUCUCGUGAAACAAUCUUCCCUGCGAGAAAUUACAAAAAACUCACAAGUUAUGUAUUCUGCAACAUUAAUGUUUUUGCUUAGAAGUAGACUUGUUGAAAUCGUGAUAAGGGCUAUUUUAAAAGAAAGUUCAUAUUUCCUUUAAUCUGAAUUCUGCGCUGUUCGAUUUAAAUAUAUUUAAUCGUGUUGUAAAAAUAUAGAAGGCUUAAGUUUAUUUGCUUCCCAAAAUUUUCAUAUGAUAUUGCACUGAUAACACUUUUUCUCGUAUUCGCUACUUGGUAAAACCAUGACAGCAUCCCCAACACUGCCUCGUAGCCUCAAAGUAAAUUGACAGCAAAGAACAUUUUGUAGAAAUCAGACCCAUGGCUAUGCAAGCAAAAAUCUAUUCUAAGACCCCGUUUGCACGAUACCAGAUUCACUGCUUAUCGGUUUCACUGCCUAUCCGAUUCGUUUCAUACCAGAUCAACAUUCUGUUUACAUGAUGGGGACCCCAAGAGAGUCAUUCCAACUUUCUAUAUACGGGGAGGUCCUUCGGCAAUUAUCAAAAUUCCCCCAAAAGUAUCGAAAACAAAUUUUCCAGACCCAAAAGUAUCAGCCAAAAAGUGUUGAUCAGACCCAAAAAUAUCAAAAUGCAAAAUCUUGUUGUUGAGUAGAUAGGAGACCACUAGUCAUAGUAAUGUAGACUGUUUCCCAUUCUAAUUAGUUUAGACACGUGUGUUCUUUUAUUCGUAUUUUAAAAUUUUUUCUGUUAGUUUGACCAAGAAGUGGGGCAUGAAAAGAAUUCCUUCUCCCUGCGUCGGAGGAAAAUCAUGCAUAAAUUUUCUGCAAGAAUGGGAAGAUAAAGGAAAAAAGAGUGAGGUUCCAUCAAUCGUAAUGAUGUGUCACCAGUUUUUUGUAGAGGAAAGGAAACGCUAUGUUUAUAAAGAUUUAAGCAAUUUUACUACCACUACAAAAUCAGUUUCUGUUUUGUUGUCUGAAAUUUUAUUUUUUAUUCAUGAACACCUGAAUGGAUCUGGAAUAUGGGUUUAACUAUGAUGUUUACCUCAUAUCUGGUGAGAGUAUUCUUAAGCCAGAUGAAAGACUAAGUUUAUAUCAGACAAGAAUUUUCAAACAUAUUCUGAAGGGUUCUUAGGUAGGAAAAUAAAUUGAACCUGUACAAGGAACGAUAAAUUGCUUUUGCCUUCAUGUUUUUUCCUUAAUGAACAUGAGAGAAACAAAGGUUCAUGCCAAAGGGCAUUUUGUAAAAAUUUUCCUGCAGUACUUUAAGCAUGAAAAAAUUUCCUGUGACUGCCCGGUCGCAUGGUCGGGUGGGUUUUCAUGCCCUGCCCAUAAGUAUCAAAAAGUUUAUUGUUAAAUCAGGUACCCCAACAAGAUCGCAAAAAAUAUUCUUACCAAUAAUUAUCAGAUGGACCCCCCGUACAUAAAGGUUUCAAGUGACCCCCCCUGGGACAAGGAACCAAUCCACUUCUGCGGAGUGAAAUCACUCCGCUUCGAAAGUGGUAUGAAGCCACCCAAUAUGUAUCGGAUUGGGCAGAGUACUCGCGUAAACGCUCGAAUCCUGUAUCAACUUGCUCCGCAACCUCAGUAACAAACUCUGUGGCCUCAACCCCAUGUUUGGCGCGCUUUUUCAACAAUUUGUGGUUUCAUCAAAGAAGAAAACAAAAUGGUCUCACUACAAUGAUAGGACUUGCACGCAUUUUUUAUAUUACUACCCACAUUAUUGAUCUGAUUUCAAGUUAUUGUUUAUCUUUAAGAAGAUGGUGGCUUUGGAGAACACUUUCUUUGACUAAAACAAACAUUUCAAGCCAGAACCUUUUGUUUUACUUUUUUUCCCGCCCCUAACAUUUUUCACUUUUUCAGCGCAUUGCCGUGACAGGAGAUUUUUGGACUCGCCUCAAAUAGCAACGCAGAGGCUUUGCAACAUAAUACAGCACCCUGCAGUGCAGAGUAACCUCUGUCGAGUAAACUUGUGCCCUAUCUGGUGUGAAACAAAUCCAAUACGGUGCAGCGAAUCCGAUAUCAAUCGAAUCCGGUAUUGCGCAAACGCAGCAUAAUGAUCAACUCAACAACAACAAAUUGUGAUUGAACUGAUAAGUAUCUGUUCGCUUCGAAAAUAUCCCAGUACUCAUUGCUAACAAUGGACCUUUGCGAGCGUGACGACGAUCUAAACAAUGGCUGUAAACUUCUACGGAUUAACCAAAAUUGAUUUCAGACUGUCUGAAAAUGCAUGAUGGGAUGCUUGCGUAGCGCAAUGGCUCAUUGUUAGCAAUGAGUACCGGGAUAUUUUCGAAACGAACAGAUACUUAUCAGUUCAGUUCAGCUCAUUGUUAGCAAUGAGUCUUUAAAGAUUGGGAGAUUCGAUAGCUGUCGUUACCAAUAGCUACCGCAAUGCAUUACAUACUGACUGCAUUUGAUGUGCUCAGACAGUAAUGUAACCCAGUCUCAAAUGUAUUGUAAAAAAUCAUAUACUAUUGCUUCUAAUUGACGUAGUAAAGUGAAUGUGUAUAUAAAAAAUCUGUAACAGUA